UGUCAUGUGACCUGCUGUCAGCUUCAGGGCUAGGAGGGAGAGUUUACUGCAGCGUUUCCUCUUUCGGCUGGUGCAUUUUAGGACUGUAUUUACUGUGCGGAGGAGAAGCACCUAUAGGGUAACUGGCACCUGCACUGCAGCCUCUGGCACUGGGCACAGCAUUCCUCCACCAUGGCACUCAUAUAUCAGUGUCUGGUCUUUGCCUGCCUGGCUGUAGUGCCAUUGGUGACAGCUUCAGGAAUACAAGUGAACCGACUACACUGGAGGAUCACAGCGAUUAAUGGUUUCUCAUGGGCCAACUGUGAUGCUGAGACUCUCCCUGGCAAAAUAAAGACUCUUACUAUUCUACCCGACCCCUUAUUGAUUCCCGGGGAAAUUACAGUGACUACCAUCCUUAAUACAAGUGUACCGCUGACCGCUCCUGUCAAGAUCGUGGUCACUGCAGAGAAAGAAAUCAUGGGAGAGUGGCUGAAGAUCCCCUGCAUGGAAAAUGUAGGAAGCUGCACCUAUGAUGAUUUUUGUGAUCUUCUGGAUCAGUUAAUUCAGCCGGGGCAGUCAUGUCCGGAACCUCUGCACACGUAUGGGCUACCUUGUCACUGUCCAUUCCAAGAGGGUUCUUACUAUCUUCCUGUCUCCAUGUUUGAAGUUCCAAGUCUGUCGAUCCCAUCUUGGUUCUCUAAAGGCAAUUAUCGCGUAAAAGUUGUCGUCAGCCAUGAAGGCCAAGAAAUUGGUUGCGGCAAAAUCACCUUUUCUCUGGCCGGUUCUUAUCUCUGAAGGAAAUUGGGGACAGUUAACUAUGGACAUAGCGCUGUGAUGCCUGCUUUUGGCAACAAUCCCAUGUUAUACAUGGAACAGGAUGUGUCAAGGGCUUAAUUCUAACAAAAUAAUUCUACUUAUAUCAUAUGUUUUAUCCUAAAGUUAUUAACUUGCUGUUUUUUAACUUUUAUUAUGUAUGUGUAAAGAAUAUGGACACAAUGCCAAGUGUUCUGGAUACUUUUAUUGUAAUAAUCUGUAAAAUAGGAGAUUAUACAGCAGAAAGCAGAAUAUUACCAAAUUAGGGUUGAAUUAAACUAAGAAUAAUAUACUAUUCCAGUCACUUUUGGCCAUGUCAAGUCUUUGCAGCCCAUAAGAUGUCAAAUUCUGUCAUUAUCUAGUUAUUUUGUGAUUCUGAGAAAGUUGAGUUACAGAAUAGUUGCCAUCACAGCUACUACAGAGGCCCUUGUCAGGUUGAGGAAGCUCAAAAGGUCCAUUUGGUGGCAUAAAAAAAAAAAAUGCUAAAUAUACAGUGACAGGGGCUAAUACACAUGGGAUGCUUUUUAUUACCCAUAUCUGGAGUUUUCAUUCUUAGAAAAUUCUGUGUUAAUAGAGGGGGGUACAGGACCUUCAUCUACUAGCUAAAGAAACUACAAAGAGUGUCUUUCCCUCUCCAGAGGUCCUGAAACAUAACAGCCCUUUUUUUAUUAAUUUUUUUAGAAAGAUUUAUUUAUUUCCAGUUUGUCCCUGGCUAUCCAAUUCACCCAGAAUAUUUCCAAUAUUCUUGGAUAACCUGACAGCCCUAAAUAAUAUGGACUAGGCCCGCUUGAUCUUGAUGACAUCUAGAGCUUUCAGAAUUCUUCCUAUAACGAAACUUAACCAAGCUCAAUGGGGAGUAAAGGGUUUUAUGGACUAAUUUGUGUUAAAAAAAGUUCAUAUUUUUAAUGAUCAAGUCCCAAUUCAUCGCCUGAACAUUUUCAAACUCCUUUAAUUUUUCCCCUUUUCUCAAUGGUAAAUCUCAAUUUAUUUCCAAGCUAAACAUUAUAUUUAAUCGAUAAAACAUUCUUUUUCCCCAUACACCCCAUUGCAAUCUAUUAUUCUAUGUGAUUUAACAUCCAAUAUCUUUUUAUCUACUGUGGAUCUAUACACAUUGUAAAUUUGAUAAUAUCUAAACCUAUGUUUUUCUGUAAGUUGAAAUUUACUUAUUUACUUACUUUUUUAUUUACUCAAAUUUAAAAAAAAAUCUCCGGCUGGCUGAGAUGAAUUCUACUUAUAUUAACAUGCAAGUUACAUUUUUACUCCAUCGCAGUAGUGGGUUUGUUUUUUGCUUCACAACUACUCUUACUAUUGAAGUACUGUAGCAGACUAGAUAACGCCUAUCUGUUCAUUGUCAGAACUAUGCCAAAUUACCAUUUAGGAAUCUGGGAAAACUUAAAUGGGCACGGUCAUUAAAACUCAUUUUUGCUAUUGCACUCCUUAUGGUAAAUAAAAAACCUUUCUAAUGUACUUUGUUUAAAAAACAUGAAGUUUUCUAUGUUUUAUUUGUUUUUCAAAUCUGCCACUAGGUGUCUCCCUACUUGUCCAGAGCACAUUUUCCUGCUGGCCUGGCAGAAGUCCAAAAGCAGGAAAUGCUGAGGGUGGUGUGUGUGCAGCCUUAUCCAAUCAUAGCUCAUACACUGAACUUCUCUGGGCUGUGUGUAGCAGAGUGAGGGAGGGAGUUCUCCCCUGUAUGGCUUCAGGUGAUGUCACGCCUGUUGGGGAACACCCCUUCCCAGUCUGUGAAUCUGAGACUGAAAAUGAGACUGAGCAGAAAAUACAGAGCAAUAUCAAGGUAGAAAACUAAAAUAUAAUAAAAAAUAAAGGCAGGGGGUGGUUUAUCAUGAUGGGAGCAGUGAACUGUGAGGAUUAUAAAAUUUAACAGGAUCAUGAGAGGUUCUAUUUAAUGACUUUUUGGUAAGGGAAGAGAGAAGAAAUGCAAUCCCUUAAAGCAUUGGAAAAAUAUAAUUUUAUUACUUUUGCAGAGGGGAAGAAGCCUGGAGGGUGGAUUCUUUUUAUAUGGCACCAACCUGUAUGGUAAUAAAAUCUCCUCAUAUGCUUUUCUGUGAUCAUUCAUGUGAUCUACUAUGAAUGUGAUGCUUCUUUCUUUUUAAAAGAUCAUCUACCUUACAUUGUCUUACAUUGUGCUGAAGCGCCUGACUGCAGUAGGACUAGUCUUGUGAGUAUAUAUAUAUUGUGGUAAAGUGUAUGGGAAAGUGGUGGAUGGGGUGUAUAUUUCGCCUGGUUUCCCCAGCCAGGCACAAUAAAGGAAAUCCAGAAGGAUAUGCUGCUUUAGCAGAACUAGUCUGCUAGGGCUCUUUUGUUUAAACGUCAUGGGCUGGAUUUCCUGGACUGGAGGACAGGUUGGAUGUGGGAGGGCUCCAGUCCACACCCCUAGUCCACUAUGGGUUUCCCUAUUUCAAGGUGUCCUCAGGUGAGGUUGGGUGGCUGCUGAUUGCUGGAGAGACAGAGGAGAAACAACCACAGCCAGAGCUGCAGCUGAAACCUACCAGGUCUGAACCUUCCUCUACGGACAUUUUGUGAGUUUGCUUGGGGCCAGACAUUAGGCCCACAGUAGGAUAGAGAGGUAUCCCGAUGUUUAGUUAGAGCCAGACAGGCUUAGUUUUUUUGUUGUUGUUUUGUUUGCACUAUGCUUUGUGCCUAAAAUUCAUUUAAAUAAACAUCAUCUUGGACAUUUGAAA